AAUAAAGUUGAAGUUCGAAUAUUCAUAAAUAUACAAAGGAGGGAUAUUCAGUAAAAAAAAUACAUUUACGAAGCGAUUAAUUGCCGAACGCGUAAACCUGACCGGAAAGAGGUUAGUUUGCUGUCCGGAAUUUGGAUCAAUGGCGGCGACGGUGAGUAUGAGGAAGAUUUUGACGGCAUCAGCAGCUAUGGUCUGCGCCGUAGCCAUAGCGUCUCUAUGCGGGGCCUCAUCUUCCCCAGAAUCAUUCAUCAAGAACACCAUCGCCUCUCAUCAGAUCGUCAUCUUCUCCAAGUCUUAUUGCCCGUAUUGUAGAAGGGCAAAAGCUGUUUUCAAGGAAUUGCACAAAGUUCCUCAUGUUGUUGAGCUGGAUCAAAGAGAUGAUGGCAGUUCCCUUCAAAAUGCUCUUAGCGUACUCUUCGGAAGGCGGACUGUACCUCAAGUGUUCAUAGAUGGAAAACACAUCGGUGGAUCAGAUGAUACUCUCGAAGCAUAUGAGAGUGGGGAGUUGAGGAAACUUCUAGGCAUCAAGGAAGACCACAAAGCUGAUCUUUGAACUCAAAUUUUCAAAUUGUAAGCAGAUAUCUUUACACCAACGGAGUAUGUUUUGCUUGGAUUAGUUGUUCAAUUGUAACUCUUAAUAGUGGAGGAUAAAUUGUCUCUGAUAUAGGGAUAUCAAAUCAGUGAUAACUAUGCUGUUAAUGUAAGGAAAUUUUCGAACACUAGUCAAUAGAUUGAACCAUUCUUGCCCCUCUA